AAAAAGAGUUUCCCAAUAAAAAACAUUUCUUUCCUUAUAUAGCUAUCUCUGAUCGACUCUCCGGUGGAAGACAGGAAAAAGAAGAAGACGAGGAUGCAUUUCGCUAAGCUCGAUGAUUCCCCCAUGUUUCGUCAACAGAUGCAAUGUAUGGAAGAGAGUGCAGACUUGCUGGGGAUGCGAUGCUUAAGGUUCUACAAAGACUGCACAAAAUACACAGAGGGACUCGGAGAAGGGUAUGAUGGAGAUAUUGACUUUGUAAAUGCACUUGAAUCUUUCGGUGGUGGCCAUAAUGAUCCCAUCGGCGUUGCUUUUGGAGGUCCUGUAAUGACAAAGUUUACUGUUGCUCUUCGAGAAAUUGGGACAUACAAGGAAGUUCUUCGUUCCGAGGUAGAGCAUAUUCUGAAUGACCGGUUGGUUCAGUUUGUGAAUGUUGAUGUCCAAGAAAUUAAGGAAGCACGUAAACGCUUUGACAAAGCCUCCAUUACAUACGACCAGGCGCGAGAGAAAUUUCUUUCAUUAAGAAAGAGUACGCGACUGGAUGUGGCUGCAACAAUCGAGGAGGACCUACAUAGCGCAAGAGCGGCAUUUGAGCAAGCCCGGUUUCAUCUGGUUAGUGCACUCUCUAAUGCGGAAGCUAAAAAGCGAUUUGAGUUUUUGGAAGCAGUCAGCGGGACAGUGGAUGCUCAUCUCCGUUUCUUCAAACAGGGAUAUGAGCUACUACAACAAAUGGAGCCUUUUAUUAAUCAGGUGUUGAGUUAUGCACACCAGUCUAGAGAAUGUACAAACUAUGAAAUGGCAUCACUUAACGAAAGGAUGCAGGAGUACAAAAGGCAAGUUGAUCGAGAAACUAGAAACUUAAAUGGUUCGCCAACAGGGGAUGGCAUGAGACACAACUCAAGAAGCUCACAAAAAGUCAUUGAGGCUGUCAUGCAAUCUGCUGCAAAAGGAAAGGUUCAGACUAUAAGACAAGGGUAUCUGUCUAAACGUUCGUCAAACUUGAGAGGUGAUUGGAAAAGAAGGUUCUUUAUCCUUGAUAGCCGUGGGAUGCUAUACUAUUACCGCAAGCCAUGGAAUUGGUCAUCUGGAAAUGGAAACAGGUCUUCUGUUCACAAGAAUAUGACUUCAGAAAACAGUCCUGGGCUGCUAAGUCGGUGGCUGUCUUCUCAUUAUCACGAUGAAAAACCAGUUGCACGUCUCACUGUGAACCUGCUUACCUCAACGAUCAAAGUUGAUGCGGACCAGACGGAUCUAAGAUUCUGCUUUCGGAUUAUUUCGCCUACAAAAGUCUACACAUUGCAGGCAGAGAAUGCGCAAGAUCAGAUGGACUGGAUAGAGAAGAUAACUGGAGUUACUACUUCUUUGCUAAGUUUCCAGACACCUGAAAGAACAAUCAUGCGUCUUUCUACAAUGGACGGAGAUACUUUCUCCGCAAGUGAGUCCGGUUCGGUAGCAGAUCUAUAUGAUAUCGACCAUGCGGAAAUUGGAGAAUCCACUGUGGAAAAUAAUCAUCACCGUUCGAGGUUCUCAGGGUGCUUGCAGCAACAUGAUAUGAUGGCAAAGCCAAUUGAUGUCUUGACCAAGGUAUUGGGGAAUGAGAAAUGUGCGGAUUGUGGUGCUCCUGAACCUGAUUGGGCCUCUUUGAAUCUCGGAGUACUCAUAUGUAUUGAAUGUUCUGGUAUACAUCGUAACCUUGGUGUUCACAUUUCGAAGGUCAGAUCGCUCACGCUUGAUGUUAAAGUAUGGGAACCAUCGGUCUUGACGUUGUUCCAGUCGUUAGGUAACGUAUAUGUAAACUCAGUGUGGGAGGAGUUGUUGAACUCAGAGAGUAGAUCUUCAGGCACUCCCAUGUCAGAUCGACCAACAAGAAAGUUUCUUGCAAGGAAGCCUGGUCUCAGUGAUCCCAUAUCUGUGAAAGAGCUGUUCAUCCAUGCAAAGUACUCAGAGAGGAUAUUUGUCCGCAAAGAAACAGACAGCCAGCAUUUUCCGGCAGUUUUCCAAGAGAUUUGGGAGAAUGUGCGUGCCAACGACAAGAAAUCAGUUUACAAACACAUUGUCUGCUCUGAAACAGAUGUGAAUGCUCUACGUGGACAAGCAACGUACACGGUGUCUUUGUCCUUAUGGAAGAUGAUGCAACUGGAAGCGAAGGAGGAAACACUCAAAGCCAAAAUCAAGAGAAUUGAAGAGGAGUUUCAGGAGAACCCUGAGGGAUAUUCUGACUCGAAAAUGGAAGGGGAAGAAAGUAUGGUCAGAGAAGAAACUUCAAAGGACUGCUCUUUGCUUCACCUCGCUUGUCUUUAUGCUGAUAUCGGUAUGGUGGAGUUGUUGCUUCAGUAUGGUGCAAAGAUAAAUGCAACAGACUCAAAAGGUCGCACUCCACUUCACCACUGUAUCAUCAGCAGGAGAUAUGCAAUUGCAAGGCUGCUACUUAUGAGGGGAGGAGAUCCAAAUGCUGUGGAUAAAGAGAGUAACACACCGGUCAAAUAUGCUUUAGAGACAGAAGUCAAUGACAGCGAACUAAUUGCAUUAUUAACAGACUCCAAAAGAUGAUAAUAUCUGCUGAAAUAAAAAUAAUAAUCAUUUGAUUUGCUUUAUCACUUUUUAAAAGCAGAAGACGGUACAGCACUAGAAAAAAUGUUGCUCUAAUUGAACACUUUUCGCCUGUUAGUUCGUUUUGUCCAUGAAGAGCCUAGGAGAAUACAUGUAGAUUUUCUUUGGUGCUUGCUAGGUUGAUGAUAUACUGGUUUAUACUCUGCUGUACAUAUGGUCUUUUUUAUGGGGUUGCAUGUUCUGUAAGAUGGAAAC